GUCGUGGCGGAAUACUCCCAGCAUUUGCGGCAGGAAUAAAUUUUAAUAAAACUAAACUGCGUCGCGCCGGCGUUAACGAUCAAUGUGGGCAAAGUCCAGAACUGUCGCUCGCGUGCUCUGAUCUUUGAUAGCAAUCGAUCCCCAUUUCACGUGAGGUGUGGUGUUUUUGUAGUUCGGUUGAGUAAUUUCAUAAACCUUUAAAAAGCGCGAGUACUUCAAGAUGCUCCUGGUGAACCGGCGAGCCUUAUCAGCUCUUCGCGAACAAACGCACUGCCGCAUGCUCACAACCCAACCAAAUACGCAACGCCCAGAAUCGCUCAAGCAGCACGGACAGCAGCAUCAACCUCAGCAUGACUUGCCGGCGUACAAAGGUCAAAGUUACGACGAGGUCGUGAAGCUUCGCAAACAGUAUCUAACACCAAAUGUGACCUCCUACUACAAGAAACCGUUGCUGAUACACAAAGGCAGCGGGGCGCAGCUGUUCGAUCAAGAGAAAAGCUAUUUGGACAUGUUCGGAGGAAUCGUCACUGUUUCCGUCGGCCACUGCCAUCCGAAGGUAAAUGCCGCACUGGAGGAACAAAUGCGUACGCUCUGGCAUACGACCAACAUUUACAUGCAUCCAAAACUGCACGAGUACGCGGAAAAGCUGGUGGCUAAAUUGCCCGGCGAUCUGAAGAACGUGUACUUCGUCAACUCCGGCUCGGAGGCAAACGAUUUGGCCAUGAUGAUUGCGCGUCUGUAUACGGGCAACCACGACAUCAUUAGCUUCAGAAACGCCUACCACGGUGCGUCCCCAUACACGAUGGGUCUGACGGCGCACUCUACAUGGAGGUAUCCGCUUCCCGGUCUUAACAGCGGUAUCCUGCACGCGAUGAAUCCCGACCCGUACACCGGCAUCUGGGGCGGAAAGCAGUGCCGAGAUUCGCCAGUGCAAACGACACGCAGCUGCGACUGCCAGCCGAAUGAGUGUAAAGCCUCGGACAAGUACUACGAGCAGCUGGAGCAAAUAUUCAAAUACUCACUACCACGCGGCAAGGUGGCCGCAAUGUUUGCCGAGUCGAUACAGGGCGUCGGAGGCACCGUGCAGUACACGAAGGGAUACAUCAAGCGUGCCGCGGAGCUCGUCCGGGCCAACGGUGGGCUGUUCAUUUCGGAUGAGGUGCAAUCCGGGUUUGGUCGUACCGGGGAACACUACUGGGGCUUCGAAGGGCAUGACAUUGUGCCGGACAUAGUGACGAUGGCAAAGGGUAUCGGAAACGGGUUCCCGAUCGGUGCAGUCGUUACGUCGCGCAAAAUCGCGGACGUCCUUUCCCAGGCCUUACACUUCAACACCUUCGGAGGCAACCCGCUCGCUUGUGCCGUAGGAAUUGCAGUUCUUGAUGUUAUCGACGAGGAGGAAAUGCAAAAGAACUCGCUCGAGGUGGGCACCUACUUGCUGAAGGGUCUAGAAAAGCUACGCGACAGGCACGACGUUAUUGGGGAUGUGCGUGGCAAGGGUUUGAUGAUUGGUGUGGAGCUGGUUGCCGAUAAGGAGACGCGACAGCAUUUGAGCGCACCGCAUUUCGUCGAUAUCUGGGAGAUGUGCAAAGACAUGGGCGUCUUGUUCGGGCGCGGCGGUCUCAACGCAAACGUACUACGCAUUAAGCCACCGAUGUGUGUUAAUCGAACCGAUGCUGACUAUGCACUAGCAGUGAUCGAUUACUGCUGCGAUCAGCACAUGAAGAAACGGAAGCGCGGAUCUAGACGUUAGAAGUGUGUGAUGAUGACUUCUCCUCGACUGUGUUCUGCUGUGAUUUGUGAGAUUUGACUCGGGUUUUCGACACCUACGCUAAACGUAUAGUAGUGCAAGUAUUUCUAGCGUUAAGUAACCUUAUGCCACCCUUUAUGGAACAUGACAUUCCUGAUCGUAUCUGUGAUGUGACGACGAUGACACCGUAGUGAAGGAAAAGAACAAAUUCUACAGAAUCUCAGAUUUCGGACAAAAAAAAACGAAAUAUAGCUCUCUUUUUUCUACAAUUUGCGUGUCGCUUACUGGCUUUAAAUUUAAUCUACAUUUACUUUGUGUGCUCCGGAAAUUCUCUCGUGUCUUCAAAAACGUACCACGCGCUUUAAGUUAUAACCUUUCGUACAUUCACAUCAGAUACAUCCAGCAAUUGUUGUUCAAUCACGCAGACUACACAUUUCCACCGAGAACUUAUUUCUAUCACAUGUUUUAAAGAACAAAAGAAAAGCUCAAACCGCUCGAGCAUGAAUCAUUUGAAUUUGGAAUGAACUGAGAAUCGGGAGAUGGAAAGCAUUCCCUUCCGUAUUUACACCAGCAAGC